UUGGCUCCCCAGCAUAUAGUCAAAAGACGAGAGUCCUUUGGGAAGGGGCACAAAUCACUUAAGUUUUAACAAGAAGGGGCAACGACCAAAUCUUCAACGACCCUAUCCUAAUUUAUACUUCGUUUAUUCAUUAUUUUAUUUUCCUUGGACGGAGAAAGAUCUAUUCAGAUGAGAAAAGCAAAGCAGGAGAAAACUUGUUGGAGGAUGAUGACAUUUCAUGUUGCGCACUCUGUCAAGCUGUAAUAAGCCAGUCCCUAUCAUUUCUGCGAAUUGUCAACAUUCAAAUCACUGGGCGAAGGAGAGAAGACGUAACUCAAACCUAUUUCGUUCGGGUUGUGUUCGCAAUUUCUCGCUGACUCUUCUUCUUUCUCUUGGAAUUGUUUCUUGAAAGGUUCGUUAAUUCCGCCCCUGCCGUUCUCUCCGUUCACCCGCUGUGUGUGUGUGUGUGCGUGCGUGCGCGCUCGCGCGCGGACUCUCUUCAGCUUCUCUGGUGCUCGGCGGCACGCGGACAGCGGAGAGCAAACACACACGCGCCGGUUGUGGAGGAGGAGAGGGAGGGAGCGGGGUGAUCUUUAGUUUUGGGGGGAUUCUUCAUGUUCGGGAUACCGGAGAGUGUGCAGCGCGGCGGAAGCACUCUAAAGCAGGAGCCGCUGGGCGCCGGAAUGAAUGCCGUGAGGACGUGGAUGCAGAGCGCCGGCGUGCUGGACGCUAACACCGCCGCGCAGAGUGGAGUGGGGUUGGCCCGCGCGCACUUUGAGAAGCAGCCGCCAUCCAACCUGCGAAAAUCCAACUUUUUUCACUUCGUGUUGGCUCUGUAUGACCGGCAGGGGCAGCCCGUGGAGAUCGAAAGAACAUCAUUUGUCGGAUUCGUGGAAAAAGAGAAGGAGACGACAGGAGAAAAAACGAACAAUGGGAUCCAUUACAGACUGCAGCUUCUGUACAGUAACGGCAUUAGGACAGAGCAGGAUUUUUACGUUCGUCUCAUUGAUUCAAUGACCAAACAGGCGAUCAUCUAUGAAGGUCAGGACAAGAACCCUGAGAUGUGCCGUGUGCUACUGACCCAUGAAAUCAUGUGCAGUCGGUGUUGUGACAAAAAAAGUUGUGGCAACCGGAAUGAGACGCCUUCUGACCCUGUGAUCAUUGACAGGUUCUUCCUAAAGUUCUUCCUGAAAUGUAACCAGAACUGUUUGAAGAAUGCCGGUAACCCACGGGACAUGCGGCGCUUUCAGGUGGUAGUUUCGACCACAGUGAGUGUAGAAGGACAUGUUCUCGCAGUGUCAGACAACAUGUUUGUGCACAACAACUCCAAACAUGGACGAAGAGCACGGAGACUAGACCCUUCAGAGGGAACGCCGUCGUAUUUGGAACACGUAGCAGCACCUUGCAUCAAAGCCAUUAGCCCUAGUGAAGGAUGGACCACAGGGGGAGCUACAGUCAUAAUCAUUGGGGACAAUUUCUUCGAUGGAUUGCAGGUUAUCUUUGGCACCAUGCUGGUCUGGAGUGAGCUCAUCACUCCUCAUGCUAUCCGGGUGCAGACACCUCCGCGGCACAUCCCUGGUGUCGUUGAGGUUACACUCUCCUACAAGUCAAAACAAUUCUGCAAAGGGACACCAGGCAGAUUCAUUUACACAGCUUUAAAUGAGCCCACCAUUGAUUACGGUUUCCAGCGGCUACAAAAGGUCAUCCCUCGACAUCCUGGAGACCCAGAGCGCUUGCCAAAGGAAGUGAUUUUGAAGAGAGCAGCAGAUCUGGUGGAGGCAUUAUAUGGAAUGCCUCAUAACAACCAGGAGAUCAUACUGAAGCGGGCUGCUGACAUAGCUGAGGCACUCUACAAUGUACCACGCAACCACAACCAACUAACAGGGCUCACCAACAGCUCUGUCCAUGCCAGCAUGAUGGGGGUGAACUCCUUUACCGGACAAAUCACUGUUAACGUGUCUGAGUCUUCUCAAGGAGGCAAUCAGGGCUUUAAUCGAAACACAAGCAGCGUGUCUCCUCAUAGUUAUGUGCCGAGCUCAACACCACAGCAGAGCAGCUACAGCACCGUGGCCACCAGCAUGAACGGCUACGGCAGCACCGCCAUGAGCAACCUGAGUGGCUCGCCCAGCUUCCUCAACGGUUCAGCUGCCAACUCUCCCUAUGCUAUUGUUCCUUCCAGUCCCACCAUGGCCUCAUCCACCAGUUUGCCAUCCAACUGCAGCAGCUCCUCUGGAAUUUUCUCCUUCUCUCCAGCAAACAUGGUGUCAGCAGUGAAGCAGAAGAGUGCAUUUGCACCUGUGGUGCGGCCACAGAGUUCUCCUCCACCCACAUGCACCAGCACCAAUGCCAAUGGCCUCCAAGAUCAGUCUUUUGUGGACUCUAACAAGUACUCCACUGCCAGUGCACUCCAGGGCUUGGCGUUCUCCUGAACAACAGCAGCAGCAAUCCCUGGAAUGAUUGUUCCUCCUAUGUAGUCUGUGUGUGUGUGUGUGUGUGUGUUUGAGAGAGAGAGAGAGAGAGAGAGAUGGGGAAAGCCCAGGACACCCUGUGUGUGUACAGAAGACUCCAGUUGUUGACUAACCCAGCAGUCACUCUCUGAAGGAUCACUUUAAACUCAGGCCCUUUUUUAAUAAUAGAAUCACCUUUGAAAUGAUAAAAGAAAAAACACCACCUGGACUAUUGUAUGAAGUUUUGAUGUUGAAGUUUGUAUGGAACUGUAGACAAUUUUUAAUACAAGGGGUAAACACAGCUCUUAUAAGGCCAAACCCCUCUUCUAUUUACUUGAAAUGUUGGAUUUUGGUUUGACAUCUGGUUCCUGUGUUUUUUCUGGAAGGGAAAUGAAAUGUAAGACAUAACGGACAUGCGCUCCAAUGUUUUCUAUUUAUGAUUUUGUAUGGUAAAUGAAGGAUUAUUGAGUAUAGGCUAUUUGAAAACAUCACACCCAACAUGGAACUUUAUUCAAAAGCCAAAUUAUUCAGAAAGCAGAACUUACAAAAAGAGCAAAACAAAGAUGAAUUGCACUGAUUUUUCGUUAGCAUAAUUCGCUAUGAACUUUACUGAUUCAGAUUGGUUUACAAAGUUUUUCAUGGUAAUCAGGGUCACACAAUGCAAAAAAUGCCUCUCUUAUUGUUAUCCCCAGCUAUGUAGAUUAAAUCAUAUGUUAUCACACCAUAGCUACAAAUUAUCAUGUGAAAACUGCAGCUACUACAAUUCCUCACAAAGUGAAUAAAAAAACAGAAUAGUUUAUGCAAAACUGUGAAUUGUGUGAAAGCGUAUUGCAAACAUAAAGAGCCAUGCUUUUUGUUUCACCGUUACAAGACCCUGAAUUUCUGUGGUUCAUUAUGUUCAAACAAACAAGUUUGGUUAAGAUCAUUUUUCAAUACCUAUAAAGAAAAUUAUGUGCCAGAGCAACAAGUAAUCUCACAGGUAAAGUAAUAUGAAGUAAAGUAAAGACUUAACUGCAUAACUGCAUCUCUUCAUUGAAAAACAAUCAACAGGGAACUGUUUUUAAGAAUUAAGUGCUAAAUUUCUGUCAGUAGUAAAUGUAAUACCCCUUUAUGUUACAUUUUAGCCACACCUGUGGAAGUCAUCCCACACUGAAAUGCAAUCACUGACCAAUCACAAUAUCCUGCCUUAAUUGUUUUUUAGCUGGUUUCUUGUUGUAAGCGUAUGAAUAUGCAUAGAUUAUUUUUGUAUUGUGUAUGUAACAUAUGCACAUGUAUGUCCUGCCAUAGAGAGAAUAUCUGCAGCUGAUUACUUUAAAUUCAUUCAUUCAGCUUCAAUAAGCAGUUUAUUCUGGUCAGGGUCACUGUGGGCACAAUCACAGGAACAUAGGGCACAAGACAGUGAUACACCAUGGUUACAGUUUUUUUAAUGAUUGUUAUUUCACAGUGAACUUAAUAUACAGACAGCCUUGCAUGUCAUUAGUUGACAGUAUCAACAGUCAUUUACAGCAUUGAUCAAUUUCACUGUGAAAUGUGAUCCUACUCGUCACUUAAAGCUCUAAACUCUAUACUUUGUCAGUGGUAAUACAACUACAAUAUACUCCUCUGAGGUGU